AUGACGAAGAAAAACAAAGCACAAUCGAAAGGAAAACCAAGACCUUCAAAGAAAAAGAGAAUCGAUGAUACAAUGGAUGAAGAUGAGCAAGAACCAGCAAAAGAGAGUCCAAUGUCAAAAGAGCCGGUAUCAAAAGAACAACCAACUGGAGGAGUCAAAGGAGGAUGGAACUUCUUCCAAAAUGAUAUUGUGAAAGAAUCAGUAAAAAAGCUUGCAAGUCGAGAGGCAAAUAAGAAGAAAUCAAAGGAAAAAGAGAAAGAGAAAACAACGAGAGAGAAGAAAUUACCCCAAUCAGCAGAGAAAACAGAAAAAGAAACUACUCAAUCAGCGAAAGUUUUGAUAGCAGCCAAGGGUCUUUGUAGAUAUUUACUUGAUAUGAAAGAAUCCAGUCUGAGUACAUAUUUCGAUGAACGUCUCUCCAAGUACACUCCUUCUAAUCAAACCUUUGUUGAUUGGGAAAAUAAUAUUACGAAGAAUAGAUCAAAAGAAUAUAAACUGAAUGAUAAUGGACGUGAUGGUUUCACAGAAAGAGUAUCCCGAAUCAUCACUAUAUUCGAACCAUUCACUGAUGAGGCAAUCGAAGAAUUCAGUAAAAUUCCUAGUUCUAUGUCACCAGUUGCCUCGUCAACACCUGAAUCUUCAACUGGAACUCCAUUGAGUGUGUCACAGAAAUCUCAAACAAGAGAUCAGAUCAUGACCACUUCGAUUCGUUGUGAGUCAAACCAACUCAAAUCCUUUUUUCCACUCUCUACCGAUCACUAUAUGAACCUGGAUAACUGGUUAAUCAACACUCGAAAAGUAGAAAUCGACGAACGGAAUAAGACAUGGAUGAGCAUGUACACAGUUGAGAUUGUAGCUGCUGAAUGUAGUGAAGCUAGUUAUAUAAGAGUGUUCAAUUGUACUACGUGGCCAUGGAAAAAGACUCCAAACGAAGAGAAAAAGCUUCUUGCUUUGGUCAGAGCUCCUUUCAAAGAUAAUGGAUCACUCAUCGCAAAACCUGAUAAAUCAGAACCUAUCAUUGUGAUGUGUGAUUUGGGACUUGAUCGGUCAGCGACAGUUAUUCUCACUUCUGUUAUCAUUGAACUUGUUUUGGCUGGAAAGACUCCUGAUUGUGAUGCUCUAUUUAAGAAAAUGAGAGACCAACGUGCCAAUGUCUUCACAAUGAGCAUGUUCUACACAUAUGCUAUCAGAGCAGCACUCGUUUAUUUGAGAAUGAAACUGAAAUUGGUCAAUGAUGGAGAAGAAUUGAAGGCUAUGUUGAAUGAGGCUCUCCUGAAAGUUCCGUUUCUUUCAAAUCCAAAAAAAUGA